AUGGCGGAUAUCCUGUAUAAGGCCAUGGCAAAAUCACUUGACAUAGAAGAGAAUAGCUUCUCGGGUCAGCUUGGAGACAACCCGGCAACGCAUGUGAGGUUCAACUUCUAUCCACCUUGUUCGAAACGGGACAAAGUUCUCGGUCUCAAACCUCAUUCAGAUAGAUCCAAUGUGACAGUCAUACUGCAAGAUGAAGAAGUCGAAGGCCUUCAAAUUGUCAAAGAUGAGAAAUGGAUCACUGUUCCUGCAAUCCCCCAUGCUCUUGUUGUUAGCCUUGGUGCCCAAAUGCAGAUAAUGAGUAUCGGGAUAUUCAAGAGCCCACUGCACAGGGUGGUGACGAACACAGACAAGCUGAGGAUAUCAGUGGCCGUGUUUAAUGAGGCAGUGCCGGAGAAGGAGAUAGGACCUGUAGAAGCCUUGAUAGACGACAAGAGGCCAAGGUUAUGCAGAAAUGUGAAAAACUAUGCUUUUUUAAACUGA